AGGGAACUACUGUAUAAUGAUACAUAAUUACUUUGGACAUUCACAGAAGUUGAAUUAAGGGACCUCACUGCCCUCUGAACCACUAAGGUAAGUGUGCCAAAAUCAGCUAGAAGCAAAAUUCCUAAACUGAACACUCAGCACCCAGGAGCUGGUGAAAAGUCAGCAAAACAGCAACAGGGGAGAUGAUGACUCCUGGGACUUCUAAUACGACCCUUUGCAAUUUCCCUCACAACGUCCAGCGUCUAGGGACAAGUUCCUUCCACUUGAUUGUCCUGAAGUGCACGAAGCGGAGGAGAACCGCCUCGAGGGUGAUGAUAGGCCCCAUUAUGAUGCAGAGAAUGUUGAGGUGUGUGGAGCCCAGGGCUCAGAGGAUUCUCCCCACAGCGAUGGUCCGCUGGAAAAGGCCAUUGUGGGCAAUAGACGUGAAGAAAUGUGAAGCCCCCGCGGGUUUUCUCGAUGUGAGAGCGUUCCUGAAUACCUGGCAGAAUCCAAGGACCCCUUUCGUUCUUUCUCCACAUUGCUUGAUGGGAGGCAUUAUGGCCCCCAAAGACAUAAUGACAAAUACUCAUGCUAAAUCCAUCCUCAAUUCAAUGAACUCCCUCCGGAAGAGCAAUACCCUCUGCGAUGUCACACUGAGAGUAGAGCAGAAAGACUUCCCUGCCCAUCGGAUUGUGUUGGCCGCCUGUAGCGAUUACUUCUGUGCCAUGUUCACUAGUGAGCUUUCAGAGAAGGGGAAACCUUAUGUUGAUAUUCAAGGCUUAACUGCUUCUACCAUGGAGAUUCUGUUGGACUUCGUGUACACUGAAACCGUACAUGUGACGGUGGAGAAUGUACAAGAACUGCUUCCUGCAGCCUGUCUGCUUCAGCUGAAAGGUGUGAAGCAAGCCUGCUGUGAGUUCUUAGAAAGUCAGUUGGACCCCUCUAAUUGCCUGGGUAUCAGGGAUUUUGCUGAAACUCACAAUUGUGUUGACCUGAUGCAAGCAGCUGAGGUUUUUAGUCAGAAGCAUUUUCCGGAAGUGGUACAGCAUGAAGAAUUCAUUCUUCUAAGUCAAGGAGAAGUGGAAAAGCUAAUCAAGUGCGAUGAAAUUCAGGUGGAUUCUGAGGAGCCAGUCUUUGAAGCUGUCAUCAACUGGGUGAAGCACGCCAAAAAGGAGCGAGAAGAAUCCUUACCUGACCUGCUGCAGUACGUCCGGAUGCCCCUGCUGACCCCCAGGUACAUCACAGACGUCAUAGAUGCUGAGCCUUUCAUCCGCUGUAGUUUACAGUGCAGGGAUCUAGUUGAUGAAGCAAAGAAGUUUCAUCUGAGACCUGAACUGCGAAGUCAGAUGCAGGGACCCAGGACGAGGGCUCGUCUAGGAGCCAAUGAAGUGCUUCUGGUGGUUGGGGGCUUCGGAAGCCAGCAGUCUCCCAUCGACGUGGUAGAGAAAUAUGACCCCAAGACUCAGGAGUGGAGCUUUUUGCCAAGCAUCACUCGUAAGAGACGUUACGUGGCCUCAGUGUCCCUACAUGACCGGAUCUAUGUAAUUGGUGGCUAUGAUGGCCGUUCCCGCCUUAGUUCGGUGGAAUGUCUAGACUACACAGCAGAUGAGGAUGGGGUCUGGUAUUCUGUAGCCCCUAUGAAUGUCCGACGAGGCCUUGCUGGAGCCACCACCCUAGGAGAUAUGAUCUACGUGUCUGGAGGCUUUGAUGGAAGUAGGCGUCAUACCAGUAUGGAGCGGUAUGACCCAAACAUUGACCAGUGGAGCAUGCUGGGAGAUAUGCAAACCGCCCGGGAGGGUGCUGGACUAGUUGUGGCCAGUGGAGUGAUCUACUGCCUAGGAGGAUAUGAUGGCUUGAAUAUUUUAAAUUCAGUUGAGAAAUAUGAUCCCCAUACAGGACAUUGGACUAAUGUUACACCAAUGGCCACUAAGCGCUCUGGUGCAGGAGUAGCCCUGCUGAAUGACCAUAUUUAUGUGGUGGGGGGAUUUGAUGGUACAGCCCACCUUUCUUCUGUUGAAGCAUACAACAUUCGCACCGAUUCCUGGACAACUGUCACUAGUAUGACCACUCCACGAUGCUAUGUAGGGGCCACAGUGCUUCGCGGGAGACUUUAUGCUAUUGCGGGAUACGAUGGGAAUUCCCUGCUGAGUAGCAUCGAGUGCUAUGACCCUAUCAUCGACAGUUGGGAAGUAGUGACAUCCAUGGGAACCCAGCGCUGUGAUGCUGGCGUGUGUGUUCUUCGAGAGAAGUGACCGUUGUUGGAGCACCAUCCAGAGCUAGUGACCAGUCCAAGGGACAGUUUACAGGAGCGUCAAGGAUCCUUUCCAGAAUAUCUAUUUCUCACCGUGUGCACAGGGUGAUUACAAGCACCAGGGUGGUGAUGAUUGUACUUAUUUGACACACACUCCACUUUGUGCUGGUAGUUCUCUCUGAGGAGGGUGGGUAACAGACACUCAAGGGAAGACAGUGCACACUGAAUGGAUCUGAGAGGCCAGGCCAUCUCUCCUUGUCCAGAGAGCACUGUCAUGUGCUUGGGAGAAUCCAUAUAUAUGUUGUGCCUCGUGUAUUGCAGAGAAUUAAGGUGAGUAUGACCUACUAGAUGUGGACAGUAUCCAGCGUAUGAUUGGAAGGAUACCAACUUGAGUAAGCUGGGUAAAAUCCAAGUCUUGUUUUCCAGGAAUAAAUAUCUUUCCUAGUCUGCAGGUAACUAGGGGCAACACAGUUCCAUUCUGGAGGAUAAUAGAGGGGAAAGCCCCCUAUCAAAACUUGGGGGGCUUGGGGAGAGACCUGGCAUUGCCUUAAGGGACAAGGUUGGUGUAUCAGAACUGGGUUUAGAAUAAGGGAAGUAAACAGAACUUGAUGGAACGUGAGUAAACCUAGAACACCGCUGAGGUAUAACCUGGAAGACUUAAAAGGGUGUGUUAUUGGAAGGAUCUUUUAAUUUCCCCAUGAUCUUUCUGGGUGCGCAUCUUGGCAUUGACAGAGUAAGAAUGAACAAAUGUUGGGAUGAGCAGAGAUGGAAUAAAGGUGGGAGUUUGGUAUGCCUGGGAACAAACUAGAAGUACCUGUGAUUUUACAAUCGUCUUAUUUCCCGCCAGGGCUCAUCUCUCCGUGGCAAGGUUUGCCUUGAGUCGGUGAGACACUGUCUGUCUGUGUUGAAUCAAAUACUACUACACUAUUAUACUUCAUUACUAUUUAUUUGGGGGUGGGGUGGGGGUGGCAGCAGCGUAGAAAUUCAGCUACCUGAUUACUGCCCUGUUCUUUUAAGGGCACACUUCUGCUAAGGAGUGGUUUUUACUGCUGUGUUUGGUACAAUUAGUCCUUUUCCUACUAGGAGGUUCCGUGACCUGUCCUUAGAGUGGAUUUUAUUCUUCCUGGGACAGAAUAAUCAAGGCAACCAAAACUCUUUUGUUAGUUCCAGUACUUGCUACCACCAUUUCUGAAUUUCUGAGCUACUAUUCAAGGCUCCCCUGUGUUACGGAGUGAAAUUCUUGGCUUUGUGGGUAUUGGGAGUGUGGGGAUGUGGUAACCUAAACAAGGAUGCACUUUCCCUUUAUUCUAAAAUUCCAUUUUUUUCCUCUUUCCCCGAGUUGUAUUGGUGUAAAGAGUUCAUUUCCUUUGUAUUUUUUUAAGAAAAUAUUAAAAAUCAGUGGUCUCAAG